UCUUGUAGCUAGCUAAACCUUCUUAUUAUAGCUCAGUGAGCUAACCAUCUCUGGCUAAAAUAGUCAAAUUAGUUAGCUAGAUGGAAAUUGUAACGUUAGCCAACUAGCUAGCUAACUGAAAUAAUAUUCUCCAAAAUGCAUGAUUUUUUUUAUUUUUUUUGACUGACGUAGCGUAGUUAGUUUACGUUACGUUGGGGGUAGGCAAACUUGUUUUCUUCAGCUCGAGCUGAGGGAAGUAAACUACUGUAUCUAGCUAGCUAACGUUAGCUAGUUAGCUACAAUGACAUUUUAGUGAAUUCAUGGGGGGUGGACACACAAAAUUAAAUACGUAAUUGGCUAACUGCCCCAAUUUCCAUCAAAACACCCAUGGCAAAGUGGUUAAAGGACUACCUGAACUUCGGCAGCCGGCGUGACGCCCCCCAGCCUCCGCGUCCUGACUACACAGAGAGUGAGAUCCUGAGGGCGUACAGAGCCCAGAAAGACCUGGACUUUGAAGACCCCUACCAGAGCGCAGUGAAACCACAAAAUGGCUGCUACGGUGGCUGUAGUGGGACAGUAAGCCUGCAUGCGUUGCCCGCCUUUGCUUCUGUGCUUCCCAACGAUGCAGAGGUGAAGGUGGUGUCUCCCAAACACAGGCUGAUCAAGGUGGACUCUCAGGAGUUCAGUCACAGUAAGAGCCCCCUCAGCCCCGUCACCAUCCACCAGGAACCGGUGCUUCCCUCUGCUCCUGCAGCAGUAGGGGACUCAGACACUGACUACUCGGACCCGUUUGACGCCAGACCAGUUCCACGGCUAAGAGCAGAUUGGGAGCCUAGCCCCAGCCUACACCUUACCUUGGGCCCCAGCCCCAUCACCAGUCCUACCCUGGUAGCCUUCAGCCCUAACCCUAUCCUAGGUCUCAGUCUCCGUCCAGGGGACAGCAGCAGCUACAUGGAACCCUUUGAAGCCCAGAGGGUUGUCACAGCGCUCCAGCAGGGCCCAGAGCGGGGCCGACCAGGAGUGGACAGUGGAAGGUCAGGGGUUGGGAUCGGAGGUCAACUCUAUGAUGACCCCUACGAUGAGAGGACUCGCCAUCGCCCCCGGGGGGCGCCACCGCAGCAGCAGGGGAGAGAGUUCCUCAGGGACGAACCGAGAGAGGUCAGAGAGAGCAGGCUGCCCCAGGACGAUGAGAGACCAGCUGAGGAGUACGACCAGCCCUGGGAAUGGAAGAAGGACAACAUCUCCAAAGCUCUAGCAGUGCAGUUUGAGGGGGCAGAGUGGGAGAGAUCGUUAGCCCAGUCAGACCAGGCCAGACUACCCAGAACCAGCCCCACAGACCCAGACCCAGGGGGCGCAGCCAGCCUUCGGCGGCCCGGUGACAACCCCCCUAUCCUGGGUGAGAGAGUGGACCCCUGCCUGCCCUUGGAGAGACAGGUGUGGUACCAUGGUGCUGUGAGUCGUGCAGAGGCAGAGACUCUACUGACGUUGUGCAAAGAGAGUUCCUACCUGGUGAGGAAGAGCCAGACCUGCCCACAAGACUACUCUCUCUCCCUCAGGAGUUGUCAGGGCUUCAUGCAUAUGAAGUUCACUCGGAGUUCAGAGGGUCGCUACGUCCUGGGAGAGAACAGUCCUCCAUUCUCCUCUGUACCAGAGGUCAUCCACUACUACACCAUGCACAAACUACCUAUCAGAGGAGCUGAACACCUGUCUCUGCUCUACCCUGUCAUUGUACAGACUCUCUGACCCUUCUCUACUCAUUAUGUGCAUCCCAAAUGGCACCCUAUUCCCUAUGUAGUGCACUACUUUUGUGCUCUCUGUUCAAAAGUAGUGCACUAUAUAGGGAAUAGAGUGGGACACUAAUACUAAUAGGUGCUGUCGUCUGCAGAGAUGCUAACAUGGCUGCUGUGGAACUAUGUGAUGUUAUUCUAAGAGCUUCAUAAUGGUUCUGGGUGGAAACCACAAUGGUCAAACUGUAUUAUAUGGCCAAAGGCAAAUGCUGUAACAGAGCAGGUUACUGUAUGUCAAUAGAGUAUUAUCAAUCGUCCCUAUGGCACAUUGAUUAGCUAGCUGUACCAGGGUGGGCGUGUCAUCCAAUAAUGUUAUACAGUAGAACACUACAUCACUAUAGUGGAAAGCUAUUAUAGAAAUGUGCGCUUGAAAGCUAUUUCAGUACUUAUAUGUAAGAAUGCUGGUAUUAUACACUGAGUGUACAAAACAUUAGGAACACCUUCCUGAUAUUGAGUUGCAUUUUGCCCUCAGAAAAGCCUCA